AUGGAUACCGGAACUUCCAAUGAUUCUAAUAGUGGUUCUAUGACAUCUAAUAAGGCCGACUUAAUGGUAAACCAAUCAUCUACUAUUACCCCAGAUAACGAAAUUGAUGAAAUUAAAAAUAUCAAGAAUUUAGAAAUGAAAUCUGUAGAAAACUCAACGGAUGACCACAUUAAUGAUAUUCCGAUAGAGUCCCCGACGGAUGUUAUGAAAUGUUAUGAAAAUAUUGAUUCGGAUAAUGCUGACUUAAAGGACACAAUUUCAUUUGGUGGGCAACAACUUCAAUCGUAUUCUUGUUCUAGAUGUAGGAGAUUGAAGAAAAAAUGUUUGAGACAAAUGCCAAAAUGUUCAAAUUGUGUUGCAUCUCAUUAUGCUUGUGAAUACAUAGGAAGAUUGCCAAGAAGAUCUAAGAAAGAGCUAAAAGCUGCAAUGCUGAGAGGUGAGUUUAAUCCUAAGAAAAAGAAAUUAACCAUAACGAAUGAUAAAAAAGAUCGGAAGAUGAUAAGGAAAAAUGACAAUAUGACAUUAUCAAAAAAUAAUAGUUCAUCUAAUUUACAGUCCGAUUCAACACCAUUUUCGGAUAUGCAUGCAAAUCAACCAGCAAACAAUAUGAACAAUCCAGAACAUUCAUAUACGCCAAAUUCAAUGUCUGAUAAUAUGCUUGAUACAAGUAUAAAGACUCUAUCUGGCACAAAUUUACAAAAUCAAAUGGAAGGUAUAUCUUCGUUGAUAUCUGCUUUAAAUUCCGAUUUUAUUCCAAAAAAUACAAGUUCUAGUAAUACAUUAAUGACAGCAGCUGGAAAUAUAGAAAAAGGGUUAUCAAAUAUUUUUUCAGUUGAAAAUAUGGAUAAUCUUAAUAAUGAUAACUCCAAUGUGAAAAAUAACACUUUUCUCUACGCCAACAGUGGGAAUACAAUUUCAAAAUUUUCAAAGGAUAAUCCAAAUUUGCCAUUAGAUCAGUUAUCUACCUUGCCAGUUCCAUCUUUUACAAAUUUAAUAUCGAAUAAUAAUGAUAAUAAUGGCUCAACUACGAAACUUACCAAUCCCCUCGUUCUAAAUUUUGGUACUCGAGCUGGAAGUGGUAUAAGAAAUCAACUAUCAAAUAAUAAAAUAAAUAACAAUAAAGCAUACAAUGAGAAAAUUUCAACAUUCAAUGUUGAAAUGAUAGAUUCAACACCAAUUACAGAUUCUGCUAUUCAAGUAGAGACCAUUUCAUCUGUAUUUCAAGGUGCAAAGGAUACACCUUGGGUAACGGAAGAUCACUCAUUCAGAGCAGUUGAUAGAUCAUUAUAUGAUAGAUUUAUUGCUGCAUAUUUUAACCAUAAUCAUAGAACUUUCCCGAUGAUAGAUAAAAUUGCCUUCUUAAACAGUGUUUCAACCAUUAGAGAUUUCACGCAAAUGGAUGGACAAUAUAGCGAAACAUUUAUAUUUAAAUUGAAUAUGAUCAUGGCUAUCGGUUGUACGACUUUACACAGAGCAGGAAUGCUAUCAAAAGAUCAAGAGUUAUUAAGUGAACAUUUUGCAUACUUAGCAAUGAAAAAAUUUUCCGCAGUGGUAAAGUUACAAAACAUUGACACAGUAAUUUGUUUAUUAUUACUUGGGGUUUAUUCGUUUUUUGAACCAAAAGGUGUUUCAUCUUGGACCAUAAGUGGUAUUAUUAUGAGGUUAGUGAUUGCGUUAGGGUUAAAUAGAUCAUUGACACAGACCAAGUUAAGGCAAAUGUCAGUUGCUGAUGUUGAAAUAAGGAAUAGAAUAUUCUGGAGCGCAUACUGUUAUGAACGUUUAGUUUCUACGUCAUUGGGUAAAAUGUCUGCCAUUUCAGAUGAUUCGAUUAAUGUACCUCCUCCUCGUGCUUUAAUUCAAGAGGAAGAAAGUGACAUCGAAGUAACAUUAAUGACAAUUACUUUGCGUAGAUUAAGUGGUCGUAUAUACAAUAAAAUACACUCAGUAGCUGCUGUUAAACACGAUUAUAGCCCUCAAGAAAAACUUCAACUAAUUGCCGACUUAAGAAAAGAAAUAGAUGACACCUAUACUGAACAACGUGCAAAAAUUCAACAAAAGAAAACUGCGAAUUAUUCUAUGGCUUACUUCAAUAGCGAGAUGAUAGGAGAUGAUCACGACAUGAUAUCAUUUAACAGUUCGGAUAUUUGGCUGGCGAUGAGAUACAGUCAAUUCCAAAUCAUGCUUUAUAGACCAUCUGCAUUAAUUCCUAAACCAUCAUUAGAAUCCUUAACUAUACUUGGCGAAUUUUGUUUAAAAGCAUUGAAGUUUACGUACAUACUUUACAAGAAGAAGAUGUUACCCCUUAAUUGGAUAACGUUAUUCAGAGCACUCUCUAUCUGUAAUACCAUGUUAUAUUGUUUAUGCCAAUGGAGCAUAGAUAUUACUGAGAGUAAGAAGGAAAUUCAACAAUGUGUUGAUAUCUUACAACAUUUUGGAGAAAAAUGGGUGUUUGCUAAAAACUGCGCUGAGGUUUUCCAAAAUAUCAGCAAUACAAUAAUUGAUAUCAGUUUAAGUAAUGGCCAAGUUCCUAACAUGGAUAAAUUAACUAGAGAAUUAUUUGGUGCAAGUGAUGAAUAUAAGGAUAUUUUAGAUGAAAAUAAUGUUGAUAUAGCAUGGAAUGACAGAUUUCCAUAA